UUCCUCACCUUCAGGGAGCCCAACAAUUCGGAGAUUUAUCCUCCGACCUUGAUUUUCGAGGUCGUCGAUAUGGUCUCGUAAGGCUCGCACCUCUCGCUCUAGCACCUGGAUCCAACUGGACGAGGACUCCAUUGCAGCUUCCGAGGCCUUAGUUCGACCCUCCACCUCCUCCAGCCUCUCCCGAGGCCCUGGAUCUCCUGCUCAUGCCUCUGCAGCAUGGACGUGAUAGGUUCGACCUGGGCACGAAUCUCCCCAUGGAUCUCCUCAAUCGCAGCCUUAACUUUCAAAAAGGAUUGCACCAUACUACACCAGAGAAUACAGAGAGGAUAGACACUGCAGAUUGAUCCUGACCAUCACCCAGGGAACAUCUGCACAAUUGUGGGAAGGCAUUCAGUUCCUUCACACCAUUGCUCAACAGUUGGGCAUUCAAACCAUCAUCUGGAAAUCGUUUGGAUAAGGGGAGCUUUGACAUAUCAUUAACCACUCUCUCAUUCCUGCAGGUGUGAGACUGUUCAAAUGAGAGGUCUAUGAGGAGGUUACCCAAUCUUGUGAGGAUUUGGUACAGAGCAGGUGUACCUGCCAUACUACUAUUAACGCACGGCCAGCUAAAUGGAAGAGAAACCAUUCAAGUGUGAGGUUUGUGAUCGAACUUUUGCAAGGUCAUUGACACUCACAAAUCACCGACGCAUUCACACUGGGGAGAAGCCAUUCAAAUGUGAGGUUUGUAACAAGGGCUUCACACAGUUGUCAGGCCUGGUGAAACACAGGCCCAUUCACACAGGAGACAAACCAUUCAGAUGUGAGGUUUGUGACAAAUCUUUCUCACAGUCAUCCAGCCUCCUUGUACACCAACGCAUUCAUACUGGAGAGAAACCAUUCAGAUGUGACGUGUGUGAUAAAGCGUUUUCAACAUUGGCAGAACUUCGAAAACACCAACGAAUUCACACAGGGGAGAGACCAUUCACGUGUGAGGUGUGUGACAAAUCGUUCUCUCAGUCGUCUACCUUCCAUACACACCAACGCAUUCACACUGGUGAGAAACCGUUCAAGUGUGAGGUGUGUGAUAAAUCAUUUUCGCGAUCAGGGAACCUCUAUGCACACCAACGCAUUCACACAGGGGAGAAACCAUUUACUUGUGAGGUGUGUGACAAAUCAUUCUCACAGUCAUCAAAAUUCCUCAUACAUGAACGUACUCACACAAAGGAGAAACCAUUCACUUGCAAGAUAUGCAACAAAUCAUUCUCAGAUUCAUCAGCCUUUCAAAGACACGAACGCAUUCACACAGGGGAGAAACCAUUCACCUGUGAGGAGUGUGAUAAGUCAUUCUCAGUCUCAUCCACCCUCCGCAAACACCAACGUAUUCAUACAGGAGAGAGACCGUUCACAUGUGAGGUGUGCAACAAAUCGUUCUCACAGUUAGGAGCCCUCCACACACACCAACGAAUUCACACAGGCGAGAAACCAUUUACAUGUGAAGUGUGUGACAAAUCAUUCUCACGUUCAGGGAACCUCCGGACUCAUCAACGCAUCCACACUGGGGAGAAACUGUUCAAGUGUGAGGUGUGUGGCAAAUCAUUUUCAUCAUCAAUGAAACUCCAUGUACAUCUAAGUAAUCACACAGGGGAGAAACCAUUCAUUUGCAAAGUAUGUAGUAAAUCAUUCUCACACUCAUCAAUCCUCUGUACACAUGAACGCAUUCACACAGGGGAAAAACCAUUCAGAUGUAAUGGAUGUCUCAAAUCAUUUUUGGAUUCAUCUACCCUCCGCAGACACCAACGCAUUCACACAGGUGAGAAACCAUUCGUGUGUGAGGUGUGUGACAAAUCAUUCUCACAGUCAUCGAGCCUCUGUGCACACCAACGCAUUCACACAGGGAUGAAACCGUUCAUAUGCAAGGACUGUGACAAAUCAUUCUCAGUUUCAUCGAGCCUCCGCAGGCAUGAACGCAUUCACACAGGGGAGAAAUUAUUCAAGUGUGAGGUGUGUGAGAAGUCAUUCUUGUACUCAGAUAGCCUCCGCAGACACCAAUGCAUCCACACCGGCGAGAAACCCUUUAGGUGUGAAUUGUGCACCAAAUCAUUCUCAAGGUCAUGGAACCUCCUGCUCCAUCAGAGGAUCCACACAGGGGAGUAAUCUUUCAAUUAUGAGGUUUGUAAUGAAGAUUUUGUGAUGUCUUUAACCAUCUGGGACAUCAUAGGAUUCAUAGAGAAUCUCUCU